AUGGGCAUGAACACCUGCCUUCUGAAAAAGGCCUGUAGACUAGCUCAGCAAACAUUUCUUGCUGGAGAUGGAGAGCAGUCCCUGAUACCGUGUGGAAGCUGCUUUCAUCUGCAGCACGGCAAAGCCCGGUCCCAGGGAGCCCGCUGCGAGCGUGCCUCUGCUCCAGAACCGCCCGCUGCCGGCACAAGCGCUCUCAGUGCCCCCUUAUGCAGAGGUAUCCUUUCCUGUCCCCUGUGCAAGGAGACCUGCUUUGCAAGAGAUGUAACUGAAAAUAUUUUCCUCAAGGACUUUCCUACUAGAUAUUCAGCUAUGGCAAAGAGCUGCUCAACGUGUAAAGAGAAGAGACCUGCACACAGUCUCUGUACAAGCUGCAAUAAGUGGCUGUGCAGUUCGUGCACAGAAGAACACAGACAUAGCAAGGAAACUGGAGACCCCUUCUUAUCUGCAUCCAUGAAGGGCUGUUCAGCAACCAACGAAGAAGCAAGUGAGCUUUCCUUAUUUUGUCCAAUGCAUACUCAAGAGCUGCUCAAGCUGUUCUGUGAGACCUGUGAUACCCUUACGUGUCGCAGCUGCCUUAUGACAGAGCAUAAGGAGCACAGGUUCAGGCACCUUGAUGAAGCUCUGCAAAAUCAAAGAGUUAUCCUGGAGAAUGUCAUAGCUAAAGUGGAGGAGAAAAGAAAUGGGAUUCAGGCUUCAACUAAACAGAUUGAAGACAGGCUGCUUGAAGUAAAACACUUGUACAAAAAAGUUGAGAAUCAAAUCAAAAUGGCCAAGAUGGUUUUGAUGAAUGAAAUCAAUAAAAGAACUAAUAUCCUUCUUGAACAACUAGAAAGAAUCACCAGUGAAAGGAAGCACAAAUUGGAACAACAGCUGCAAGGUGUUGUGAUUUUAAGCAGACAGGUUGAACACGUGCAGAACUUCAUCAGCUGGGCAGUGUGCAGUAAAAACAGCAUCCCCUUUCUCUUCAGUAAAGAGCUGAUUGUAUUUCAGAUACAGCGCUUGUUAGAGACAAACUGUAAUGCAGAUGUUGGCCCUCCCCUGAAGAUCAGAUUUGCUUGGGAUCCCUCCUACUGGACUAAGCAGCUGUCCAGUUUAGGAGGUUUCACUAUGGAUGGUGGACACGUUUCUCAUCCAGAUGUGCUGCUCUGUGGAAAUGCACAAGGGCUGCAGACACCCUUGUAUCAUGGGCAUCAUUCACCAGCAUCACAGCUAGAGCCUGCCAAUAGCCAGCCCCACCAGCUGCCACCUCCCGCUCAGUGUCCCACGCCUGUAUGUUGCUCGCACUGCCUCAAUGCGCCCCUGCCUAACAAGGCUCAGCCUGCUCAACAAAACAUGAACCAUCAGCAGAAUUUUCGACAGCCUCCCGAACCUCAUAAGCAGCAUUUUCCUCUGCAGUACAGUACGCAGCAACAUGACAAAGAGCAGAGGUGCACUCCACAGCCUCUGAAACUAGCACAGUCCGGGCUGGAGCAGGAGCCUCCGUCAGAGGCAGAGAGCGUGUCUGGAAGAAUCGGAAAGCAUUCCGCAGCCCAGCAGCUGCAGCAGGCUGCUCCUCCCCGUUACGCUGUUGCACUGCACGAGGCUCAGCAAGUUCACACAAGCCACCAACAGCCAUUGUGCACACAAGCUCAUUUGCAGACUCCGACUGUACAAGUGCAACUUAGCCAUCACCAGAAGAUAAAGCCCAACCAUCUGCAGCAGUCACCGGCAUCACCAUCCCCAGGUCAGAAUGAGAGCACCCACAAACAGGUCAUCCAACAGAGUCUGGACAUAAUGCACCACCAGUUUGAACUGGAAGAGAUGAAAAAGGAUCUGGAGCGUCUUCUCCAAGCUCAAGGACAGUCUAGCUUGCAGCUGAACCAAGCCAAACCACCUCAACAUGUUCAACAGACCAUAGUUGGUCAGAUAAACUAUAUAGUGAGACAGCCAGCCCCAACUCAGCAGCAAAUCCAAGAUGAAGCACAGAUAUGUGAGAGUUCUACUGAACUAGAUGCCCAGAAGCCGUUAAUUUCCUUUGACAGAAGUGAUAAUCCCUCCCUGUCACAGUCAUUGGAUGAAGGAUCCAGUGUCAGCAGUCACUCCUCUGAGAGCACAUUGCAACAACCUGCUUUCCAUCCAGUGAGAAAGCGUUCAUCAUCAUUAAACGUUUUGGACUUUUCAAGUGGUUUAGAAAUGGAAUUGCCUUCCACGAGGUUAUCUAGGUCAGUGGAUCCGCAGGUGCAAGGUGCUGCUGCUGCAGAGCUCAGCCCGCCCCAGGACACCCCCCGUGAGUGUAACACACCGGCAGCAUCGGCGCCCAGGCACAGCUCGGCCUCGGGCAGAGCUCCAGGUGACCUGAGCCCAGGGGCAGCCGCCAGCCUCGCGCCAGGGGAUGCACUCCAGGGCAGUGUCAAGUGUAAGCUGGAAGAGGAAGACUUCAGUACUGUGAAUCAUCCUCUAGAGAACAACUUGGCUACAGCUGGGCCAGAUGUGAAUGAAUUCACUCUUUCUAUGCAAAACGUGCUGGAAGAACCUAUCAAUCUAUCAAUUAAAAAACCUCAGUGUUGUGCUUCUCUUCCUGAACUGUUCAGCAACAAUACUUUCCUGACGCUGAAUGCUGGAAUGAGACAACAUGGGAAUGAAGAAGAUUCCAAUAACUGUGAAAAGGAACAUUUUGAAAUGGGUAUGAAAAGCAAUCAGAAUGUCAGAGCUGGCACUAAGGAGCUGAAGAUCCCCUAUGUGCGACUUGAACGCCUGAAGAUGUGUGUGUCAGAAGCGGGGGAUCUGCCAGUGUUUAAGCUGCAGCCGCAGGAGAGUGAGCAGGAGGGUGCUUUCCUUCUGGUAAUUGAAUGUGGGUCCCAGUCUUCAAGUAUGGCAAUAAAAAUAAAUAAAAACAGUCUUUCUGAAGGACCGAAAUCCAAAGAGGACCCAGAAGAUAGAGAAGUCCUUGCUGCCCACACUGCAGGACACACGCUGUCUCCUCCAGCAGAUCCUCUGUCAGUUAAUCAGAAGCUCAGCAACGGCAGCUCCCUCGUGAAGAAACCUCCAGUGACUCAGGAAGUCACUCCAAUAGAAAAUGAGGAUUUCUGUGCUGUGUGUCUUAAUGGAGGAGAACUGUUGUGCUGUGAUCACUGCCCCAAGGUGUUCCAUCUCUCAUGCCAUGUUCCAGCCCUGCUCAGCUUUCCAGUGGGAGAAUGGGUUUGUACACUUUGCCGUAAUCCAGUGAAGCCAGAGGUAGAAUAUGACUGUGAAAAUGCUCGUUACAGCCACAGUAAUAAAGCACCAGAUGGCCUUGAUGAAUAUGACCAGAAGAAGUGUGAAAAGUUGCUGCUUUCCCUGUUCUGCAGUAGCCUGAGCCUCCCGUUCCACGAGCCUGUGAGCCCCCUUGCUCGGCAUUAUUAUCAGAUCAUAAAAAAGCCAAUGGAUUUGUCAACCAUACGAAAAAAGCUGCAAAAAAAGGACAAAUCCCACUAUUCAUCUCCGGAAGAACUCGUGACUGAUGUGCGCCUCAUGUUUUGGAACUGUGCAAAGUUCAAUUACCCAGAUUCGGAGGUUGCUGAGGCUGGACGAUGCUUAGAUGUAUUCUUUCAGGGCAAACUGAAGGAGAUUUAUCCAGACAGACAUUUUCCUUCGAUGCAACAAGAUGACUCCGAUUCUGAAGAGGUGGAGAGUCACAAUAACAAAAUGCCCUCCAAAGACUUCCAGUGGCCAUCAUAUGGACAGGAGUGUGUUCAGCCUAAAAGGAGACGGCGCCACGCUGUAAGAAUGCAAAAGCAAAAGCAUUUGGUUGCCAAGUGGCCAGCCUGCUAAUUCUGUUUACAGCUACUGAUGAGGAGUUUUGACAGUGCUGUAUGGGAAAACUGU